AACUCCAAUAUUAACCAUGGACACCCUCCGCAGCGCCCUCCAACCCAUCACGCACAACCUCCCCCAACCCCUCGCCAACCUCGGCCGCACCAUCCUCGGCGCACCCUGCUACAAACACCUCAUCAUCGACAUCGACCCAGCCACCCACCCAGACUGCGUCAAACUGCUCAUCAGCAAAGGCCUCUCCUACGGCAUCAUCGGCGCCUCGUCCAUCGUCAAGAUCCCCCAACUCCUCAAGCUACUCCACAGCCAAUCCGCCGAGGGCGUCUCCUUCCUCUCGUACCUGCUCGAGACGAGCGCGUACCUCAUCUCGCUGGCGUACAACGUCCGCAAUCGAUUCCCCUUCAGCACGUUUGGCGAGACGGCGUUCAUCCUCGUGCAGAAUGUCGUCAUCGCCGCGUUGGUAUUGCAGUAUAGUGGAAGGGGGGCCGCGGUCGCGGCGUGGGUCGCUGCGCUCGCGGUGGGGGGGACGGCGCUGUUCAGAUCGGAUGUCGUCGAUGUCAAGGCGUUGAAUUGGUUGCAGGCCGGGGCGGGCGUGUUGGGCGUCGCGAGUAAGGUGCCGCAGGUGGUGGAGAUUUGGAGGCGCGGGGGGACGGGCCAGUUGAGUGCUUUUACGGUCCUGAAUUACCUCGCCGGCUCCCUCUCGCGCAUCUACACGACACUCCAGGAGGUCAACGACCCGCUCAUCUUGUGGGGCUUCAUCUCCGGGUUCGCGCUCAACGCCAUCCUCGCCCUGCAGGUGCUUUAUUAUUGGAAUGCGCCCGCCAGCAAGAUGACGGAGGCGAGGAAGCCGCGCCCGAUUACGGCGGAGAAGGUGAAUGCGGGGGAGAAGCAGAGCUAUGCCGGUGUGGCGGGGAAGAGCAAGAGCCCGAGUACGCGGCGGAGGGGGUAGAUGUGAGAGGGUGGUGAUUGAUGGGGAAGGGGAGGUGGGGGAGUUGCGUAAUGUAAUGGGGGUGGGAAAUUGGGUGGGUAGAUUGACCGCAAGGGCGGCAGAGGGAUGCGGGAAGUUGCAAUUCAUCUUGGAACUCAUGCUGGUGCAAUGACAUUUUUCAAGCACUCGGCAUUGGAACUUGGGCGUAGGUGGAAGAAGCGUGCAAUAUUUCAAUGAAUGGAUAUCAAGUCUAGCCAUCUAUAUAUAUAUAUUUGAGCAUCAUGAUCGUCAACGUCGUCAUAAUCAUCAUCAUCGUCUUCUUCUUCUUC